GGUGAUUUAUAGCAAUGGAGGUGGAGAGAGCACGGGAGAGGCGAGUCCGAGUCGUCAUCAAGAGCGGAGGAGUAGUCGUGGCGAGAUCUUGCCGCCUCUACGCGGUCAAAGAUGAUCCAACUCAAGAGGAGGAGAAGAAAUCAGAGGAGUUACCGAGAAAACGACUUCGCCUCGAUGGAGCUGCAGCAUCACGGCCUACAGCUGCGGAUGGAACCGGUGCAGCAAAGGAUCCGAUGGAGAAUAUGAGGAGAAGACGAGUCACGCCAAUUCAACAUCCUCGGCAGAGCACCGAACAAGCACCGUCUCGUCCUGCUGGUAAAGCUGAUGUCUGCAAGAUGACCGAAGAAGCACACUCUACUCCUGCCGAUAAAUUCUCCGUUCAGGUUCCGCAGAAUCUGUCAUCUGGUGAGAAGCUUGAGAUGACCAAAAGAAAGCUCCACCAAAGUUAUCAAGAAUCGAGCAAUGCGAGGAAGCAGCGGAGCAUCAAAGUUUUGGAGGUAGAUGAGUUACCGAAGCGACAAGAUCAUGUCAACGAGGAGAAGAAGUUGAGAGAGAAGGAACGAGCACUGAUGAAGAAAAGAACCCGCGCGCCAAGUUUUCGUCUGAGGCGGUGAGCGGGGAUUCGAUAUCGACAUAUAUAUAGGCACGUACAUAGUAUUGUACUAACUGAAGCCAAUGUGCGUAAGAGUUAUUAACUAAUGUUGUAGAACUUUCCCGCAUUAUUACGGAAAAGGGUUGUUUGCAUUUGU